AUGGCGAUGAUGAUGACUGGCCGUGUGCUGCUGGUGUGUGCCCUCUGCGUGCUGUGGUGCGUUACCGGCGGUACGUGUGACGAGGAUGAAUUACCGCAGGCCAGCUUACUUGGUGCUUCUGGGAGUGACGGUAAAAGUUCGCUGGAACCGCCAAUAAUUGCACAGGGAGGAUCACCAAACUCGGUUUUAGAACCAAUAAGUGCUAAAGAAACAAGAGCAGAAACAGAUGAAGGUGGACCUUCGAGAGAAGAAAGUUCUGCUGAUGAAGAGGAAGAGGAAGAAAUAACACUACCACCAGGAGGAGGAGGAGGAAAGUCACAAGCCGCUGAUGGAAAACUGAAAAUUAUAAAUGAAAGUGAACCAAAAAAUGAAAAUCAACGCCAAGUCGAAGGUGGAACACAAAACCAGUCAGAAAAAGAAACAGAAGCAAAUGGCCAAAUGAAAGUAACCAAACAAAAUGCAAAUGGAAGUGGACCACAGCCGCAACAUCAAGAAAUUCCACUCCAAGAAGAGAAUAAAAAAAGUGGGGAAUUACAACAGCCGUCGCAGGGAAAAGAACAACAAACAAAUGUUGAGGACAUAGCACCACGUAAUCCUGCAGGAGAUCAUUCUUCGGGAGAGCACAACGGCAAUGAUGGUUCUAGUGAAGUAGAAGAAGAAGAAGGGGAGGAAGGUGCUGAGGGUCAUGAAAGACAUCGGGCUCGGGAGAGAGAAGAGGCUGCACAUGUCUCAGGUGCCCCGAAAGUAAACUCAACUGAUAUUCAGCAGGAAGUCCAACGCACACAUGCAGGAGAAACUCCGACAGGAAACAAAGAAAGAGCUGGAGAAGAAAAGGAUGAUGAAACAGAAGAGGAACGAGAAGAACAAAAGAAACAACAUCAAGAGAAUCCUCCAGGCAAAGAACAAGAAACAGUAACUGGUGCAAACACCACUAAUCAACUAAACACGAUGCCUGGCGACAGUGACGGCAGCACCGCGGUCUCCCACACCACCUCCCCUCUUUUGCUUCUUCUUCCUCUUCUUGUUGCGUGUGCGGCUGCUGCGGUGGUGACCGCGUGA